CUUCAACGGGACGCCAACAGAUCGAUUGACUACGAGCCACCAAGCCGUCGUUCGUCUCAAACUCCGCCACUAUAUCCAAUAUGCUUUCUUUUAGGCUGCCGUCAAUCAAUAAGCUGCUGCCAUGGGGAGACCGCGUGGUUCUCGCGCUGCCCUCCGUCAAAAUCCACGAGAUUGAUACGGCCCUGGAGAAGCCCGCCCGCGCUCUGAAGCAUCUGCUCAAACUGAACCAUGCUAACCAUGCCAUCCUGUACAAUGAACGGAGAUUCCAUAAUCAUGCACCUCACAUUCUUUGUUCAUCUUUCCUGCAAGGAGCGGACGCAGAUGAUCUGAACCGUGUAUACGAGGCUGAAUCUGAGCUUCUCGAACCUUGGACAGAUGCGCCUGCUGAAAUUAGCAUCCACGAUUGGAGAGACUUUCUGGGAUACAGAGAAUACCAGCGUGCAUUUGUUGACUUUUUUGAGGAUGAACUCGUUCGCCAGGGAUAUGAUUGGAAGAGUGUUGUUAGUGACUAUCUCUUCUCUGGCAACGAGCCAUUGUUUAAUUCCCUCGCGGCUGAUCUUGGACACCCCCUGAUCCAUCUUGCAUAUGCUUUUGAACUUUCCAGCCGCGAAGUGGCCAUGGAAGCUUUGGCGAUGACCUCAACAUGUUACGGCGGCAUCCAUAAAUAUCUGGAUGACCCUUCCUACACUCAGACCGAGCCUUCCUAUCAAUCCACCUCUGUUUUCGAGAUCAUCGACAAAGUUCGUACCGACAAGCAGUUCAACGGCCUUUUCGGAACCCCAGGCGACCAUAACAUGGAAAUCCUCUUCCGCGAACGUGAAGCUGCCCUUCUCGACCACUGGAACGCUUGGAAGAUCCAAGAUCCCGUCAAGCAGUUCCGCGAGAGCCAAGAACUUGCCGUCGCCAUCUUGAUGGGCACGCAUUCCGACCGAACAAGUGAACAGUACGAUUUCUUCUUCGUCCACAUUUUGACUACCAGCCACGCGGUCCGGAUCCUCCUGCCACUUAUUCCAUCUCAGUUCCAAGUCUCUCUUGUUCGGCAGUGGUGGCUGCUUACGCUGUCCAUCUACAUUGCCCAACUCCGACCGGAGCUCGACCUUGACCGGAUCCGCAAGUACGAACUCAGCGGACGAGACUGGACCUGUACAGCCAAGCAGGCAGUCAAGGGCGAAUACUCGACCGAUGCACACUACGUGAAAGCGCUGCGUGCAUGCCGAGAAUGCGCGGACACCUGGGGCGACGAGGACUCUUUCUAUCUCAAGGCAGCUGUCAAGUUUGGCGAGGAAUUCAAUGGUUGGGGAGGAUUUAUUUGAUUUGACAAAAGCAUCUGCAGUCUUGAUUCCAUAAUAUGCUUGUACAAUAAGGCAAUUUUUUCCGCUUUGAGUGAUGGAUGCAUCAUUUCAUAUGUAAUCCUAGUUUCUCAUCUGCUUGGGGUGUUGUUGGACAUGGUCCGGUCUUCUGGGGUAAUAUGACUUGAAUUGAACCUUCG